AGCGCCCAACUAGCCAGCAUUUAUUCCAUGCAUCCCCGCUCCCCUUCCUCCCACCUCAAGUACUAGCGCAGCGUCUCAUCUCAUCAAGUACGCAACAAACCAUUCUCCGUCCCCCGGACGCUCGUUCUUCCCUUCUCUCCCGGACGCUAGUUCUUCUCCAUCCACCUCCCCAACCCAAGGAUCCUCACCAGCAUGGACCCAACAGCACCAGCGUUUAAUCGGGUUGCUGCUCCAACAGUUGAGGAUCUCGACCAGCGCGCACUACUAAUAAGGGAUAAAUUCAGUGCUGAGGGUUGGCUUUGUCCGCGUUGUUAUCAAGUAAACAACCAAAUAGACAACCUACUCUAUAGGGUUCCAGCUUUCGAGUGUACUAAUCCCGAUAAGUGCAAUGCUAAGUGCCCUGGGACAGUUGAAUUGAGCAUUACUGACUGCAUAAUGAAUACCGUCAGGACCAAUUUUCUGAUUAGAAGUCAAGGCGAUAACCGGAACUGCACAGCACAUGCAGUCUUGGCCGGCAUGGAUGCUGCACUUAAAAUCGAAGGGGCCCUCCGCGGCGUGCCUGUGUUACAGCCACUCAAUGGUACAAGCCUAUUAAGAGACUACCACCGCUUCUAUCCGGAUGGUGUUGGGCAUGAAAGAGAGCGGGAAUGGAGAGGAUAUCGCAGAUACGAACAGUUGCUGAGGGUUGCCCAGGCGUUCGGAGUUGAGUAUGUGUCUCCAAUGAGAACAAUCACAAGGGCGCUGAGACUGCAAUCCUGGUUUCGACUGACAACUAGGCAGACUAGUAUGGACUAUCUAGUGCGCCUGAUCGCUAAUGGCUAUCCGUUAUUAGCCACCAUGGAGAUUGGUCGCUGGUUCAGAAUGGCAGCGGAUGGACACUUGUACAUGGGGCCUCCUGCUGAAUUUCCCGGUAAUCAUGCUGUGUUGCUGAUCGGAAGCGUAGCACGACAAGUGGUGCUCCCAAAUAACAUAACCCGGCAGAGUGAGGUGGUUCCCAGCCUUCUUUUUAAGGCAAGGAACUCAAAUGGGUCUACAGCUCACAGGUCUGCUGCACAAGGAGGUUAUGGUGGGGAUGUGUACCUAUUGGCGCAGGAUUUGGGUCCAUACUUGUAUGGAUUUCGUAUUGAGAUCCCAACCUGGAUGCUUCCUAAUGAUGCCCAUGGUUUUGGGUACCGCCCGAGAAAAACGAAUACCGGGCGGUUACCGCGUUUCUCGCCGCCCCACGAGAAAUACCUAUACCGAGCAAAAAAUACCGAAUUUUUUGAAUAA